AUGACAUUCAUCGACCAAUUAAUGGAGAAGCAUCAUGACAAGUUCCAUAAGCUGAUUACUUGUGCUCUCACCAACGAGCUUUGCAAGGGAACUCUUCCAGACUACAAGCUCUUCACAUACUUAGUGCAAGACCUCAAAUUCUUUCAAUUAGGUUUGAACCUUUUCGGAAAUGCUUUGGUCUACUGUGACAAGCCAGAGUCCGCUAUUGUCUUGGGGAAGCAGAUUGGGUUCAUUUCGAAUUCCGAGAACACCUACUUCUUCAAGUGCUUGGACCAAUUGAGGGCCGAGUCAAAGGACGAAAUCGAAGCAAAUGCCAAAUCAAUGUUGAAACAAGAUCCACCAACCCUACCAGCUGUCCAAAAGUACCUCGACAUCCUCGAUUACUUGACGUUCAAGCUGAGACUGUACCCAGAGAUCAUCACUUUUAUGUACGUGAUGGAAAAGGUUUACCAAGGCUGGGCCGAAUACCAUUUGGAAAGAACACCCGAGAUCAAAAACCUUGCUUAUAAGCACAACGAGUGGGUUGUUUUACACAGUGGUCCCGAGUUUGGCGCAUGGUGUGAUUUCCUUGCAGACGAGGUGAACAGAGUUGGUGUUGACGAAGAAAGCAAGAAGAAGUGCAGUGAAUUCUUUGAAAAGACAUUGGACUUGGAGAUUGAAUUUUUCGAAUCGUGUUACGACUACCAUGAUUAA